AUGAGCAACGCAAGAAAAGCAAGCUUAUAAAAGUGUGUAUACAUCAACGAUGAGACUCCUCAUCGUGACCCGUCUACUAUAUUUCACUCACCAUUUAACUAAGGUUCUAAGAACAAUACGUAUAACAACCCUUCUUAUAUGAGUUCAGAGGUCUUCUACCCUCAUUAAUAAACCAACCUUACCAAUGUGAACUAUUCAAGGACUCCAAAGAGAAGCUUAGUUUAAGACAACAAUGGAGAUCUAUUCAGCAGUAGUAAGUCCCCAUUAAGACCGUAAGGUGUUUCAGGUAAUAAGAAUUAGUAAAAGUACAGCUAUAUGAAUGAUUACUAAAAGUUUCUUGAGAAACAAGAUCAAUAAUCAGAUACUAAGUCUCAAAUAAGUAUCAGCAAUAAUAAUAAGAUUUAAAAUAAUCCUACAAGCUUUUAAGGAAAUAAAACCUACCACUUUGGUAAUAAAUCAAUAUCAUCUACUGCUGAUAUUUAAGCACCUCAAUAGAGCUCAUCAAAGACACCAAAAAAUGCAAAGAAUAUCCAACAAUAGUUAAAUAGUAUCGUUGCUUAAGACACAACUGCUACUUCAUAGAAGCUAAGAAGUCACUCCUAAUUUGAUUUCGGAGAUGUAAAAAAAAGAAUUGAAUUAGAAAGUUAUUAACCUUAAGCCCGUUAAGAAUACAUUUCAAAUGACAGUAAGAGUGUUAAUAGUUAGCAUUCACAUAAUCCUUCCUCACUGAUUAAAUUAGAGCAAGUAAAAAAUAACCAAAAAAGAGUAUCAGAUUCUUAGAAAGUGGUAAACUAAAACCAGCCAGUUACUUAAAAUGGACGCACUCCUAGCUAAGUUUCUCAAAGUAACUAAUCUUAUACCCCUAAAAGCCAUAGCAGAAAUGGAUCUCAAAUAUUUUAAUUUAGCAAUUAAAAAAGUUAUUAAGAUCCUAGUUACUAAAAUAAUCAUCAAAAAUAAAUCCAAAGCAAUCAACAAUAGUAGACAAGUAAAAAUAAUACUAUUAAUCCUACAUAGAAAUUGUAGAGUAGCCCAUAAACUACUCAUCAGCAUCACUAUAAUUAAUUUACUAAGAGUCCAACUCCAAAGAAUUUUAAUAAAACAGAGAAUUUUGGUGCUUAAAAUGGCUCUGAGGGAUUUUAGCCUAACUAAACUGUACCAAGAAAUGCCUCAGCUACUCAAAAGAGAACAGUAGAUCUAACUUCAAAUUAAUCAACAAAAGGAAGCAAUUCUAAUCAUGUAAGUUAAAUUUAAAGCAAUAAAAACGAUAGACAACCAAACUAUUAAGAUGAUGCCAAAAGUGUAACCAGUACCUCUUCAUUUGUUAGUUAGUUAGUAUGCAAUAAUUGCGUUAAUAAAGACUUGAUAGUAGACAAGCAGUUAAGAUAGUAAUAAGAGAAGGAAAGAUUAGCACAGUUAGAAAAGCAAGCAAUAGAAAAUGAAUAGAACUAGCAUUUCAACAGUUAUGUUUGGUAGUAAGAGUAGAUUAAAAAUGCCAAAAAUUAAUAUAACUAAGAAAUAAAGGAACAUUUAUUGUAUAAAAAUAACUUAAAGCAUUAAGAAUAAGAAAGAGAGAAGUAGCAAAGACAGCAAGAAUAAAUUCAAUUUUAGGAAGAACAAGAUAGAGUUUAUAGGUAAAAGCUCGAAGAUCUCAAGAAUUAUAGAGAAUAAUACAAAAAAGAAAUUGAUAUGCAAAUUUAGCAAAAGCAUGAAAGGAAAGAAAGAGAAAAAUAAGCUGAUAAGUCUUAUUUAGAAUAUUUUGCUGCUUAAAGAGAAUAAGAUUUGCACGAUUACAUGAACUCAGUUGCUUAAAAGCAACACCAAACAAAUAAAAUAAAAGAAGAAUUAAAUAAUUAGUUAGAAAUAAAGAAAAGAUAACAAGAAAACCAAGCAAUAGAAGAAGCUAAAUAUAAACAAUAACUUGAAUAGCAGCUUGCUAUUGAUAUGAAAAUAAGAGAAAAGUAAAUUUAAGACAGAGCAGAAGAAUUAAGGUCGUUCAAAGAAGCUUGGGACAUUUAGCAGCAACAUAAAUAGCAAUAAAAGGUUUUUGCUUAGAAGGAAAACGAGAAAAUUAAGUAAUUCUAAGAGGCUAUUAUGGAAUAAGAUAAAAGUCUUUAUGAAUAAAAUGUUUAGAGAAACGAAUAUAUCAAAUAAAAGUAAGCAGAGCAAUUGUAAACUCAGAUUGAAAUGAAGAAGCAACAACUAAGAAAAGAGUUAGAAGAAAAGUUACAGUAUGGAAAAAUGCUUAAAGAAUAGUAAGAAAGAGAUUUAGCUAAUGCAAGACAAAAUUUCCAUGACUGUGAUAGAUGUCACAAUUCUUACCCAGUUUCUCAUCUAACAAAGCAGAAGUAACUCAAGUCAAAGCCAAAGUUUAAAUUUUGA